AGUGGUGCGACCGCGGGCGGCUGCGGCGGAGACGGGGCCCGGGGGGCCCGGGGGAGUCAUGGCUCGUCGCGGCUGGUCGCUGGUGCCCCCUCGCCGUGGCGGCAGCGGCGGCGGCGGCGGCGGCCCCCAGGCCCGGCCGCUCGUGCUGCGGCCGCUCUGGCUGCUCCUGGCCGUGGGCUUCUGCGGCUGGGUGCGGGCGGCGGACGGCGCCGGCGAAGCCGCGCGCGUCGUGGACGAAGAGAUCGUGUCGGAGAAACAAGCCGAGGAGAGUCACCGGCAGGACAGCGCCAACCUGCUCAUCUUCAUCCUGCUGCUCACCCUCACCAUCCUCACCAUCUGGCUCUUCAAGCACCGCCGGGCCCGCUUCCUGCACGAGACCGGCCUGGCUAUGAUUUAUGGUCUGUUGGUGGGCCUCGUGCUUCGGUAUGGCAUUCACGUUCCAAGUGAUGUAAACAACGUGCCCCUGAACUGUGACAUCCAGUCAAGCCCAACUACCUUACUGGUGAACGUUAGCGGAAAAUUUUAUGAGUAUACGCUGAAAGGAGAGAUUAGUUCACACGAGCUCAAUAAUGUUCAGGAUAAUGAAAUGCUCCGAAAGGUCACUUUUGAUCCUGAAGUAUUUUUCAACAUAUUACUUCCUCCUAUCAUAUUUUAUGCAGGAUACAGUCUGAAAAGGAGACAUUUCUUUCGAAACCUUGGGUCUAUCCUAGCAUACGCUUUUCUUGGAACGGCAAUUUCUUGUUUUGUAAUUGGGUCAAUAAUGUAUGGCUGUGUGACACUGAUGGAUGUAACCGGACAACUCGCUGGAGAUUUUUACUUUACAGAUUGUCUGCUCUUUGGUGCCAUUGUCUCUGCCACUGACCCAGUGACUGUUCUUGCCAUAUUCCACGAGCUCCAAGUUGAUGUUGAACUCUACGCACUUCUUUUUGGUGAAAGUGUCCUCAAUGAUGCUGUUGCCAUAGUACUGUCAUCUUCCAUAGUGGCGUACCAGCCAGCAGGAGACAACAGCCACACCUUUGAUGUCACAGCCAUGUUCAAGUCUAUUGGCAUUUUCCUCGGGAUCUUCAGUGGAUCUUUCGCCAUGGGUGCUGCUACUGGAGUGGUGACUGCUUUAGUGACCAAGUUCACCAAGUUGCGUGAGUUCCAGCUGUUGGAGACCGGCCUGUUCUUCUUGAUGUCCUGGAGUACCUUCCUCCUGGCCGAGGCCUGGGGCUUCACGGGUGUGGUUGCAGUGUUGUUCUGUGGCAUCACUCAGGCCCAUUACACAUACAAUAAUUUGUCUACGGAGUCUCAGCAUAGAACUAAACAGUUGUUCGAGCUUCUCAAUUUCCUGGCAGAGAAUUUUAUCUUCUCCUACAUGGGCCUGACGCUGUUCACCUUCCAAAACCACGUCUUUAAUCCAACAUUUGUAGUAGGAGCUUUUGUUGCUAUUUUCUUGGGAAGAGCUGCCAAUAUUUAUCCCUUGUCCCUGUUACUCAAUUUGGGUAGGAAAAGUAAGAUUGGAUCAAAUUUUCAGCAUAUGAUGAUGUUUGCAGGCCUUCGUGGGGCGAUGGCAUUUGCCUUGGCCAUUCGAGACACCGCCACUUACGCACGGCAAAUGAUGUUCAGCACCACGCUCCUGAUUGUGUUUUUCACUGUUUGGGUCUUCGGUGGGGGCACUACUGCCAUGCUCUCCUGCUUGCAUAUAAGGGUUGGUGUUGACUCUGACCAAGAACAUUUGGGUAUUCCUGAAAGUGAACGGAGAAAUACCAAAACGGAGAGUGCAUGGCUUUUCCGGAUAUGGUACAACUUUGACCAUAAUUAUCUGAAGCCUUUGCUGACACACAGCGGACCACCACUCACAACAACACUCCCUGCCUGCUGCGGCCCCAUCGCCAGGUGCCUCACUAGUCCCCAGGCUUACGAGAACCAGGAACAACUGAAAGACGAUGACUCGGAUCUCAUUCUCAACGAUGGUGACAUUAGUCUCACGUACGGAGACUCUACUGUGAACACAGACCCAGCAACAUCCAGCGCCCCUAGGAGAUUUUUGGGCAACAGUUCUGAAGAUGCUUUGGAUCGGGAGCUCACUUUCGGGGACCAUGAACUGGUCAUUCGGGGAACACGCCUAGUUCUUCCUAUGGAUGAUUCUGAACCCCCGUUGAAUUUAUUAGAUAAUACAAGACACAGUCCAGCCUAAGCUUAUUAACGCACACUUUAGUGAUUUGUAAACUUUGCACAUGUGAUUGUGAAGAAAUUUGUACUACCUAACAAGUCCCAGUGCAUGUCUCUGAAUGUUAAAGCUAUAUACAUGCUCUUUAUGUGGCAUUGGAAGAAUAUUAAUAUCCUGUACAAGGCAGAUUGUGAGCAACUCUCCUUUCAUGUUUGACUGGCUGCACUAUGUAGAUGGGAUCUGUUUUAGAAAGUUCUUUUCAGAGUGAUGUUGUGUGUUCUGUUAACUUUAUGUCUCAGUUAAAAUAUAAAAAAAAAUCACAGCAAACUUAAUCUUUCUUAUAUUUACUGACACUUAACCAGAGUACCAAGUCCUUGUGAUGUGAUUUUUUUUGUCCUGUGGGAGGAGAGGGAGAGAAAGGAAGGAAUGUAAUUUCUGCGGGAGCCCAGGGAGGAGAGAGAGGUUCCUUUACUGGGAAACUUAGGUUGAUUGCUGCUGCCUUUUGUUGUCGUGACCUUUUUCUUUGCUUUAUCUCUGGUGGCCUGUGGUGGCACCGAGGCUCAUGGCAUUCCGAUCUUGCCACAUUCAGAUUGAGGGGUGGAGUGGCACCACGGCCUCCCCCCCCACCCCACCCCACUUUAUAGGCACAGGCAGAUUGGUUGACUCCAGCAUGCUGCUGUUUGGAAAGGAAGGCUGCAAAUGACUUCCAAGACAACUAGGAGUCACAGCCUGUAAGCUAAGCCAAAGGACAGGCCCGUAGGGUUCAAGACACUUGAUUUCCAUUUGGAGAGACUGGGGCGGGCAAGUUGGAAAGAGAAUGGUGAUGUCAGAGAACUCCCUUCCCAACUCUGUAAAUACUCCACAGCAGAUAGGUUUGAAGAAAGAGAUGCAAUUGCUGCUUCCAUUUGAUUUUUGUACUUUAUCUGUAUAGCAAGCUUUGUGGUCUUAGGUUUUUAUAUCAACUUAAAUCGCUGCUCUUCAGCAGCCAAACAGGAGCAAAAUGGAAAAAUUUUGAACUUACUGUGUCUAAUGUCAAUUUGUUAGUCUGUAGCUGAUAUUCAAAGUUAAUUUAUGAGAUUCAUUGCCCCACACUACACCAGUCAAGAGAAACGGUGCUCUGCACAAUUGUUGUAAAGGCACUGGUUUCCCUGAGUAUAUUGGGUGCAGUCGUCUUGGUCUUCAUGUUGCUUUUUAAAAAAUACUGAAUAGCUAAGCUGCCAUGUGAUUGGGUGGUUGUUGUUUUUUACAGUUUUCAAGGAAGAGUACAUAACAGCUUACCAUUUCAUAUUUCAUAUUCAGGGUAUGAAAGUGGGUUCUGUUUUGUAACGCUGAAAAUACUCAAAGGUUUGAAAGGGGGAGACUUUUUAAUGUUGAUGCUGGUGUGAUGAUAUUUCAAAAGAAAAAAUGGAAACUUCAGUGGGUUUCUCCCCCACCCUUCAGGUCUGAGAUAGCAUUGCCUUAAAUCUUAAUCCAAUUCGAAAUGGAUAUAUUUCUAUGAUGUGCAAAUUUUCCCAUGAAAAAUACCUUUCCAAACAAAUGAUGUACUGAUUCUCCCCCGAGGAAUUUGUGCUGUUGCAAACACUCCUUGAGAUUCUAAGGGGCCUCUGUUGUUAAUACCCAUGAGUGGCAGCUCUAACUGUUGACAUAGCCAUUUGUUAUGUAGAGGUAGCAACUUUCCUGCCAUGCAGGAACCCGGUGAGGUGUGCAUUUUAUAUGCUUAUGUGCCUCUUCACGCAGUCAAUAAGUUCUUGUUAAUGUCUGUCUGAGGUGUUUUGAACUUCAGUGUCAUUUACCCACCAAGUUAUUUCCAGUUGUAAAAGAUCAUACAGAAAAUUAACAACUACAUUUUUUUAAUCUGUCAGGUGACUGCACUCACUUGAUGAAAACGGCUGUAAAUAUUUCGCAUGACCAAUUCAGUAACUCUGUUUCAGCAUGCAUGAGACUUUUUUUUUCUGUAGGAAAACUGAUCAAGCUUGAGUCAACUAAAUCUGCCUUCGUACUCUAUCAAAGGGAAACCAAGCCUGCCGUGCUUACAUCAGCAUCUGGAAGAUUCUCCUCCCCUCUAAUGUGUGUGCACAUCUCCAAAGUGAAUAAAACAAUGAGUUCCGUUCAUAAAUCCACCGGUGUAGACACCUGAAUGAGCCUGGCUAAAGUAGAACUCCUCUCGAACUUGUUUUCCUGUUGUUUGUGAACCCCGUAUGUUUGAGUGACUUGUCAUCUUUUUAAGUUAUUUUUUAAGGUUUCUUGGCAUUUUUUCCUAGUUGCCCGUGUUUGGCAGUGUGCUGUUAAAAUAAUAGACUUUUACUCUUUAUGUAUUUUUUUUUGUUUUCCCUUGGAGUACUUGGACAGAUGUUCUAGUGGUUUCUUUUAGGAAAAUCUAUCAUUAAAAAAAUUAUAGCCUUGCAUAUAACCAC